GACAGGUCGCCAGACAGGACUAACACCGAGUGGAUGUCUCACAAAGUUAUAUCCAGGGGAGCUUGACAUCAGGUAAAGAAACAAUGGAGCUGAAACCUUUAUUGAAGAAGCUGCUCUCGGUGCUGCGAGCCAUCUUCACUUUCCUCUUUGCUCUGCUGGUGCUGGGUGUCAUGGUGUGGGCCUACGUUGCCGGCUUCCAGCUGGUGUCGUCCGCAUACGGGAUCAUCUCCUUCGGCUUCUACGGACUCCUCCUCUCGCUCCACUUGCUGGUCCAGAGCCUCUUCGCCUUCAUUGAGCACCGGCGGAUGAAAGCCCGCACCGACCCCUGCACCUUCACCAAGACGAUCAGCAUGACGAUAUCGGCCUACCAGGAGGACCCUGUCUAUCUCAGGGAGUGCCUCGACUCCGUCAAGGCCCUCCAGUAUCCCCCCGAGCUGCUGCGCAUCAUCAUGGUGGUGGACGGGAACACGGAGGAAGACCGCUACAUGAUGGACAUGUUCAGAGAGGUGUUUGCGGAUCAGAAUCCGGGCUGUUAUGUGUGGGAGAACAACUACCACUCAUGGGAACCCGCCCAGGCCCAGCAGAAUGCAGAGGCAGCAGCAGAGGAGGGUCAUGGAGGGGGUUCUGAUGUAAUAGUAGAGGACCUACAGCGACGAGAAGUAGAGGAGCUGAUCCAGAACAAUAGGUGUGUGUGCAUCAUGCAGAAGUGGGGCGGCAAACGGGAAGUGAUGUACACUGCAUUUAAAGCACUUGGGUCGUCCGUCGACUAUAUACAGGUGUGCGACUCAGACACUAAGCUGGAUCCUUUAGCCACACUGGAGCUGUGCAAGGUGUUGGAGAGUAACCCCAAGUAUGGCGCCGUGGGAGGAGAUGUGAUGAUCCUCAACCUCAAAGACUCUUACAUCAGCUUCAUGAGCAGCCUCAGGUACUGGAUGGCUUUCAACAUCGAAAGGGCCUGCCAGUCCUUCUUCAACUGUGUGUCCUGCAUAAGUGGUCCUCUGGGUCUAUACAGGAACGACGUCCUUCAGCAGUUUCUAGAGUCUUGGUACAAUCAGAAGUUUUUGGGAACUCACUGCACAUUUGGUGACGACAGGCAUCUCACCAACCGUAUGCUGAGCAUGGGCUACGCCACAAAGUACACAGCUCGCUCCAGAUGCUACACGGAAACACCUGCUCAGUUCCUUCGCUGGCUCAACCAGCAGACGCGCUGGACCAAAUCCUACUUCCGCGAGUGGCUCUACAAUGCAAUGUGGUGGCACAAGCACCACCUGUGGAUGACCUACGAGUCCAUCGUCUCCGGCAUCUUCCCCUUCUUCGUCACCGCCACCAUCAUUCAGCUCUUCUGGACGGGAACGCUGUGGGACAUCCUCUGGGUCCUUUGCUGCAUCCAGAUCAUCGGGCUGUUCAAAUCGUUGUACGCCUGCAUCCUGCGGAGAAACAUAGUGAUGGUGUUCAUGUCGCUCUACUCGGUUCUGUACAUGACCAGCUUGCUGCCUGCCAAGUACUUUGCGAUCCUCACGAUGACCAAAAGCAGCUGGGGAACGUCGGGCCGGCGUAAGAUUGUGGGAAACUACAUUCCCCUCCUUCCCUUGUCGGUGUGGGCGGCCAUUCUAUUAGGUGGGCUCGCUUACACUAGCUACAGAGAGAGUCUACUGGACUGGUCGACUGAUGAGAAGAAGUUGGAGACUCAGUUUCUUAUCUUUGGUAGCGCUGCCUACGUGAGCUACUGGCUAUUUAUGCUUCUCCUCUACUGGAUUUGGUUCCGCAGAUUGUGCAGGAAACGCUCCCAAAGCUAUUCACUGAAUGUGUAGGUCUGAAGAGGGACGAUAAUUUAUUUGGACUCAACCAUUUAUUUUAUUCAGUUGAUUACUUUUAUUUAUUUAUUUUUUUUGACAUUAGUGAGAGACGAGGGCGGUUCACACAGCUGCUAAACAAAGAACAAUCAAAAACGAAAAGGGAAUUGGUGAUAUUUUUGUAAAUGGAUAGCAUCCAUAUUACUUGAGCCCUUUUGAAAGUGUGCCAAAACUUAUAAAAAUAUAAAAGAAGAAAUGUUUUAUCCAUAGAGAGAUGUUGUUGCACAUUUAAAUGAAACUGUACUGAGGGCUUUUGGGGCCCAUGCACUUCUCAGGUUGCUGUAGUUUAUCAGAUGAUGGAGGAGAUCCAUCAGGUAUUUAUUCAUGACAGCCAAAGAUGGAGAAUUACAUUAAAAAAUUAUUUUGUAUUAAAUGUUGUGGGGUCAGGAAUCUGUUCAGUUCUUUUAAAUACACAAACAGGAAUGUGUGUGUUUUGAAUAUGAACACGUAUGUCCUUAGAUUACUUUAACAACAGUUCCAACCUAGGGAUGCAUAACUGUGUCAGUUUCAUCAGCGUUACUUCACCACUGUUGUUGUUGUUGUUGUUAUUGCACUGGAUCCUGGGCAGCACUUUCUGCAGCAUUGCAGACUUACUUGAAAACAGAAAAUUGUUGUUUUAGUAUGUAACGGUGUGAAACGUGCAAACAAGAAAGAAAUCCUGACCGUCUUUGAGAAACCAAAGCAUGGAGUCACUUACUGCAGACAAUUUACAUUUCCUUUAAAUAUUGUAUAUACUACAUUGUUUCUGUGUACCUGCUCUUGAUACGUGAAGUGUAGGUGUACUUUGUAAGAUGCACUUUGUUUGACUUGUAAUGCAGAGAUUUGUUUAUAUAUAUAUAUAUAUAUAUAUAUAUAUAAAUAAAUAAAAAUAAAAUAAUUUUUUAUGUUUUAUUUUUCUAAGCGAUACAUUUGUAGUCAUGGCUG